AUGACUUACGAGGACCGAAUCCUCUCCUGUAACGAGUGCGGCCAAUCCUUCACCUUCACCGUUGAUGACCAGGCGUACCACGCUGAAAAGGGCUACACCAACGAGCCCAAGCGUUGUCCGGCCUGCCGCCAGGCCAAGCGAGCCCAGCGCAACGACGACGGCUUCGACAGAGGCGGUCGGGAAAUGUACCCGGUCGUUUGCGCCGAGUGCGGCAAGGACACCACGGUGCCUUUCCAGCCCAGAGGCGACCGUCCGGUUUACUGUAGCGACUGCUUCAGACGACAGGGCACAUCGGCAAAUACGGGCAGAUACUAG